AUGAUAACACAACUUGCAGAAAAGUACAACCUACCAAUGAAAACAAGUUUCAGCUCUGCUCGUGGAUUUUUUAUCCAGAUGAAUGUUGAUUGUUCAACAUUACCCAGUGGCCAACUUCCUUCAGAAUUUACAAAGGUGACUAAAAUUAAAAACACAUAUAGCUUCACUUCAGCAGAUUUAAUAAAAAUGAAUGAAAGAUGUCAGGAGUCCCUGAGAGAAAUAUAUCACAUGACCUACUUAAUAGUGUGUAAACUACUGAACGAGAUCUAUGAACACAUUCAUUGCCUAUACAAGCUGUCUGACAUUGUGUCAAUGCUGGAUAUGCUGCUUUCAUUUGCCCAUGCCUGCACUCUUUCUGAUUAUGUUCGUCCAGAAUUUACAGAUACUUUAGCAAUCAAGCAAGGAUGGCAUCCCAUUCUUGAAAAGAUAGCUAUGGAGAAACCUGUGUCUAACAACACAUAUCUGACAGAGGGUAACAAUUUUGUCAUUAUUACAGGACCGAAUAUGAGUGGAAAAUCAACGUACCUAAAACAGAUUGCUCUCUGUCAAAUUAUGGCACAGAUUGGUUCUUAUGUCCCAGCAGAGUAUUGCUCUUUUCGAAUCGCAGAGCAAAUUUUUACCAGAAUAGGUAUGGAUGAUGAUAUAGAAACAAAUGCAUCAACAUUCAUGAAGGAAAUGAAAGAGAUAACAUACAUCAUACAAAAUGCUAAUGACAAAUCACUCAUCAUAAUUGAUGAACUUGGCAGAGGUACCAGUGCUGAAGAAGGUAUUGGCAUUUGUUAUGCUGCCUGUGAAUAUCUGCUGAAUUUAAAGGCAUUUACAUUCUUUGCUACACAUUUCCUGGAACUGUGUCAUAUAGAUGCUUUAUAUCCCAAUGUGGAAAAUUACCAUUUUGAAGUGCAACAUGUGAGAAGCAGUGCUGGAAAUAGGGAGAAAAUUACUUACACUUACACACUCUCUAAAGGAUAUUCAGAGGAAAAGAACUACGGAUUAAAAGCUGCAGAAGUUUCCUCCCUACCAUCAUCCAUAAUCUUGGAUGCAAAGGAAAUCACAAAUCAUAUUGCAAAACAAAUUUUGCACAGGCAGAAGAGCACUCCUGACAUGAUGAAACAGAGAGCUGUGUACCACUUAGCAAUGAGAUUGGUUCAGACUGCCAGAAAUUCUCGAUUGGAUCCAGACAGUUUGCGUAUAUAUUUGAAAGGCUUGAAGAAAAAGUAUGAAGCCAGUUGUCCUGCACCUGGACAAAAUGAUGAGCAACAAUAA